AUGCAGGCGAUUUCUACAUCUCUCUCCUCACCGUCGCCGGUGGCCAGAUUCUCCGUUAGAAACCCCGGCGACGUGCAUCUGCCGGUGCCUCCUCGCUCUUUUCGGUUCUGCGGUCUCCGUAGGGAGGUGUUUGUUUCGAGAACGUCGUUGGACCGGUCGUCCCUGCGUUCCCCCCAAUUGAAUUUGCGCGCGAGGCGUCUGACUCUUGGCAGUGUAUUUGCGGCAUUGAAAGGCGAUGGAACGCCGUCUUCUGGUGGAUUUGACUACGAUCUCGUGAUUAUCGGAGCUGGGGUUGGCGGACAUGGCGCGGCGCUUCAUGCCGUUGAGAAGGGCUUAAAAACUGCAAUCAUAGAAGGGGAUGUAAUUGGAGGAACAUGUGUAAAUAGGGGCUGUGUUCCGUCUAAAGCACUUCUUGCAGUCAGUGGUCGUAUGAGAGAGCUUCAAAAUGAACACCAUAUGAAGUCUUUUGGUUUGCAGGUUGCAGCUGCUAGCUAUGACAGACAGGGAGUUGCUGAUCAUGCAAAUAAUUUAGCUGCUAAAAUAAGAAGUAACUUGACCAAUUCAAUGAAAGCCCUUGGUGUUGAUAUAUUGACAGGUGUUGGUACAAUCUUGGGUCCACAAAAGCUAAAAUAUGGAAAAGGCGAUUCUGGAGACAAGACCAUAACCGCAAAAGACAUAAUAAUUGCUACUGGCUCCGUCCCGUUGGUGCCCAAGGGAAUUGAAGUUGAUGGUAGUAAAACAGUUAUUACUAGUGACCAUGCUCUGAAAUUGGAAUGUGUUCCCCAGUGGAUUGCUAUUGUUGGAAGUGGUUAUAUUGGGCUAGAAUUCAGUGAUGUAUAUACAGCACUUGGAAGUGAGGUUACAUUUAUAGAAGCCUUGGAUCAACUCAUGCCGGGCUUUGAUCCCGAAAUUGGAAAAUUAGCUCAACGAGUUCUGAUCAAUCCUCGCAAGAUUGAUUCUCACACUGGUGUAUUUGCUAGCAAGAUCACUCCAGCCAAGGAUGGAAAACCGGUACAAAUAGAGUUGAUUGACGCAAAAACAAAGGAGCUAAAGGACUCUUUAGAGGUAGAUGCAGCUCUUAUUGCCACUGGAAGAGCCCCAUUCACUCAGGGACUUGGUUUGGAAAAUAUAAAUGUGCAAACACAGCGAGGAUUUGUCCCUGUUGAUGAGCGCAUGAGAGUAAUUGAUGCAAACGGGAAGCUGGUUCCUCAUUUGUAUUGCAUUGGUGAUGCUAAUGGCAAAAUGAUGCUUGCCCAUGCAGCAAGCGCGCAAGGAAUUUCUGUUGUUGAGCAAGUUUCUGGUCAUGACCAUGUUCUGAAUCAUUUAAGCAUUCCGGCAGCAUGUUUUACUCACCCUGAAAUCAGUAUGGUUGGACUGACUGAGCCUCAAGCAAGAGACAAAGCUCAGAAGGAAGGUUUUGAAGUAAGCAUCGCCAAGACAAGUUUCAAAGCAAACACAAAAGCCCUCGCCGAAAAUGAAGGGGACGGACUUGCCAAGUUAAUAUACAGACCCGAUAAUGGGGAGAUCCUCGGGGUCCAUAUUUUCGGUAUGCAUGCUGCAGACCUCAUACAUGAAGCUUCUAAUGCAAUUGCCAUGGGUACACGUAUACAGGAUAUAAAAUUUGCAGUGCAUGCACACCCAACUUUGUCUGAAGUGCUAGAUGAGCUCUUUAAAUCAGCAAAGGUUAACGUUGGCACCUCAAAUGCGGUUGCUGAGCCUGUUCCAGUUUAG